GGAAUGUUGGAGGUGCAUUUUAAGUUUUAAUAAUUAAUGCUAGAAUGACCAAAUUGCAGACUAAUUGUUUCCAUAUUGUACUUCAAAUGGGUUUUUAAAAAUGAAAAAGAUGACUCUACACAAUCAAUGCUAUUUAUUGUACCUCUGGGCCUACUCUUCUAAAAAUUGUAGCUUAUCAAUUUUUCUCUGUCAAGCUUGAACUAAUGUAAAUAAUUGAAAUAAUGUAAAGUUAUAUUUUCAUGUUUUUAUAGAUACAACAUGACAACAAUACAUAAUGUAAGAAUAUUUCAACUAUGGAUAAUGUUGAUUGGAUAAUGCACAUCUCAGUUACAAAGCAGUAAUCAUAGUUUAAUAUCCAUGUAACGGUGCAUCAAUAUAUUGCUAUAUAAAUAUGUCUGUGUGCAUAUAAGUGAAAAGUGGUCAAACAAGAGUGAUGACAGCUGUCUAAAGGUUUUUUUAUUCAUUUUAUAUAAAAACUGUUCUGGAAAGACCAAAAUGUUUAUGAACUAUUCUUAUGUAAAUUUACAACUGUCCUCUACUGUACUUUUUUGUUUACAGUAUAGUACCUUAUUUUCUGCUGUGUUAAGUGGGUGUCAAACUCCAAGGAGACAUACACUUUCUACAACUUCUAUUGAAGAUAUUGGAAUUUCCAAUUUUUCAUGUGUACUAUGUCGGAAAAUGCUUUUGAUUUUAUUUUUAAAUCUAACAUCGGAUGGCUUUCUCAGAGUGUUGUAAAAACUUCAAUCAUACAUAAAACAUGUUCUUACAAAAGGCAAAGAUCUUUAUUUUUUUUAUUGAAUAGUUCUUUAAACUAAUCAUAGUGAGAAAUCAAAAAGUAUAUUUAAGUUUAUUCCAAAACAAACCUGCUGUUUCUAUCAAACAAAGACAUCUUUGCUCAAUUUAUAAGUCAACUAAGUACAAAUGUAAUAGAGUAGAAAUAACUUUUUCUUUUUCAGCUAAAAUGAGUAAUAUUUUCAGUAUUCCAAGUCUACAAUCAUUAAGUGCUUUGGGCAUAUGAAGAACUAGGACUGAAUUUAUCACAUUUCUCAUUUUUUGGUAGAUAUCAAUGUCCUACAUUGCUAUCACCAGCCAUUGCACCAUGUGUUGUGAGAUCAGUUGUUUUUAUAGUCCUAUUAAAGAGCCAGAAGGGUACUUGCUCUACAGAUUCCAUCAGGAAACACAUUUCCAGGCUUAUAUGUUUCCAAAAAUGUGGUAAUUUAUUGUUUUACGAGAGUACUAAUGAGAAACUAUAACAGUUCUGAUUAAGUCUUUUUAUAAAGGUGAUCAUUUCAGUAUUUAGGCAGUCCUUUGUGGGUAAGUUCUAAAAUUAUUAAGACAUUUUAGUUCUUCAAAAUUGCACAUUCAAAUUUCUUUCAAAAAAUUGGUGGGUUUUAAGAUACUUAAUGUUUAAUGGAUGAGUAUGCAAAUGCAUCUGCUUAAAAAUACAGUAAUCUUGACUUUCCACUCUGUAAAUACUCUAACCAUUUUAGUGGUCAUGGCAGGAAAUUAAGCACAUGCAGACAAGCAUUAACAGUAUAACAACCCUACAGGAUGAUUGCAACACAACACCUUAACCAUACCAUUUAAAAAGAACACUUACUGAAACUAACUAGAAUUCAGUGUUUUCUCUCCUUUCUAUCCUCUAUCUCAUCACAUAUUAGAGUUAUGAAUCUAGUAAAUUAAAAAAAAAAUAGCUCAAGAAUCACCUUCACCUUGAAAUGUAUCUGUGGGUUAACUUGUUUUCAGCUGGGUAGAAUAUAUUAUCUAUUGCACUUUGAGAGCCUUCUAGUCUGUUAUGUAAAUUAACGUGUAAUUUAGGCAAAUAAUCCAUUUACCUCUAAUUUGAAUGAAGUAAGUAAUGUUUUGAUUGACUUAGUUGCAUAAAUUCUGUCUUAUCAAUUUUAGUUGAUAAUGUGUGCUUUAUUAAUAUACUGUGAACUUUGGAGAGUUUAUUGGUUAAGUCUCACAAAUUUUAUAGGAGGUCAAAAUAAGCUUAUGGAAGGAAAUAGAAGAAUGAGGUAUAUAUAUAUAUAUAUAUAUAUGUUUAAAGGUAAAAUAAUUUUGUGCAAGGGAUUCUAAUACUUAAAAUUGGUUUAUUUUUAAAUCACCAACAUGAAAGAUGGGUAAGUACAAAAAAAUCAUCAUGAUAUUCUGAAAGAAAACCGGGGGAUGUAUUAAAUGGUUUGUGAAGUUGUAACCAAUUUGAUUAAAAGGAGGGGUUCAUUUCCUACUGUAUUGCUUUCACUAGACUAUGACACUGGAAAUUCGAUUAGGUUCUAUCAGUAAAUUAUAAUUUCUCUAUUUCUAUGUUUUCGAAUAACACCAGCUCAUAGGUAGCAUAUGGCACUCUAAGUACAUGAAGGUUCAAAGAUAUUUAUAUAAAUAUGAUAUUCAGGCACGGAGAUGAAUGCGAAUGACCUACCACCUAGUACAAGCAAGGAAGUGCCUGGAGUAAACCUGGAUCAUAAGAAUUUGUGUAUACAUUUUAUAUCCUGUCUCUCUUCGUUUCCUUCAUGCUUUACCACUUUACAUUCUCUUCCUGCCCUUAACUACAACUGCCAUUUUUCAUAUAUCACACCUCAGAUGGUCCCUCAGUUUUUAGUUUCAUUCAUCUUGCUUUUUUGCUUUUUCUCCAUCAUAUCCCAUUUAUUUCUGGCCUGUCUUUUAUGAGAGAUUUUGCUUGGAGGGCACUUGGAAUACAGUUCGUUUUGUCAAAGACAGGUCUGACAGUUUCAGAGUCUUCUUAAUAGCUGUAAUAAAUGACUAAGAAUUUCUCCAAUGUAAUAAAAAUUUCCUGCAAAGCUCUAUUUCUGCAUGACUCAUAUAUUCUGACCCAAUAAUUGCAAAUGUGUGAUAUUCCUCCAUGUACUUAAAGAGUCACACAAUUUAUAGACUUUUUGUAGGAAGUGGGAGGCUCUUCAAUGGAGCAGGAAGAGUGGGAACUCUAUUUUUAAUAUAUGUGCUCAUCAGAAUCUCUUUUUAAAGUCACUUUACAGUGAGCACAAGCCAAUUGUCUAUUUUAAUUCCUCUCUCAAGCACUUCCCGAUUAUUCUCUAAUUGCCUUUUCCCCCCACUAGGUAUAAGUCAAUUGUGGUAUUGCCCAACCAGAUUCCUUUUCAAAUAAGCAUAAACUCACUGUUACUUCAUUGGGUAUGCCUGAAUUCGCUGAACGAAUUUGGUCAUUUUUCUUUCUUUUUUUUUUCCUUUCAGGUUAAUGUGCCAAUUUCAUUUUAUUGUAAAUUGGAAUGUGGGGGAGUGGAUUAAGAACUUGGGAGGGAGUCAAAACCAGGAUUCUAGCUUUAUCUCUCCUUGUUUCACGCCUCCCUUUGUCUCUGUCUUCUCAACUGGAGUAUGUGGCUACUAGGACUAUCUCAUGACAAUGAUGCAAGGAAAUUUAAUAUGAUCAUUUAAAACAUAAUGUAACAUUGUGUCUUCUUUAAAAAAUGGCUUGAAGGAGUAAGUUUGUGCAUUGGAGUGGCAAUUGAUGUAGAAAGGUUUUUCGCAUUAUUUACAAAUUUGUUUCCUCAUCUCAAACCAUUAGAAAAGCCGUUCUGUCCUCUUUCAGUCAUUCAGCUACUGGUUCAUUCUAAGAAAAAACAUUUAUUUAAUGUGUCCUGAAUAAACAUAAACUCAAGGUAAGGGCUAAAUUUGAAACCUGUAUUGUAAGAAUUAAGUAUUAUAUGUUCUUUAAAGCAUGCAGUUCUUUGAUCCUGCCCACUUAGAAAUACUAUUGUCAGUAUAUGGAUGACUCUGUGACAUUCAAGAGUUCUAUAUUUCUGUCCCAAUAAUUUUCAACCACGAAAUUCAAAUGUUAAUUAAGAGUACAUAUCUGAUAACACUCAUCAACAACAUCCAUAAAUAUGGACUCAUAUUUUUCUCUCUCUCAAAAUUUAGAUUGUGUAAAUUUUGCUUGUCUGUAAAUUUAUUUGACAUCUGAUCAGUAGCUCUGUUUUCAAAGACUCAGAUUAAAUCCAUUAACAAAUUGCACAGUUUGGUAAUUUUAAAUUGUUGCCAUCUGCAUGGCUUACAUAUAUCUAUAAUCUGUUUUUUAGAUAAGAGUUUAAUUCAAAUAACACUCAACAUAUUUUGGUCAGCAGCGAAACAGUAUCUUACAAUCAAACUGUAGCAAAAAUUUUAAAAAGUAUUUUUAAAACAAGCUCAUAAUUUCUUAAUAAUGGGCCUACCAACUGAGAAUCUAUUCAUGAAAAUUCUUAAAAUGAAAGUCACUAUCAUUUUUAAAAAAAAUUUACUUAAACAUUUCCAUUAAAUUACACCUAAAUUUAAAAAGGAUAUUUAAUUUCAAAUGGAAAGCAUUUUGAAGGAAUUUACACUUUUAUUGGGUUUCCUAAACCAAAGAAAAAUGCAUUUUACAUUUAGGGAUUCAUACAUUAUAGACAUGCUAUAGACAUCAUAUUGCCAAUAUUAAUAGGUAAGAAGUCCAUUUGGUAAGAAUUGUAAUAAAAAUAGAUUAUAAGUUAACUUGUGCAUAUUUUCCAUGUCUUUUUUUUUUGGCUCAUUAUAAUGUAAUUUAGAAGGUUUUUACGUAAAAAUCACUCCCCCCCCAACAUCUCAUGGUCAAGAAUUUUGUGUUAAAAAAAUCCUGUGCUUAUUAUAAUUUUAAGCUAUUGAUAUAUUUGAACCAUAUCUAAAAACAGUUUUGUGUAAAUAUUUACAGAUUUAAAAGGAUAUGACCUCAUAAAAAUGAUCUGUGAGAUUCUUAAAAUACUUAUGAAAAUGGAAAUCUGUAGCAUUAUAAACUGCCUUCUCUCCCUCCCCAAAUUAUAUUUGGUUUGGCUUAUUAUCUCUACUGAUCAGAGGACAAUUUUACUGAAGUCUAAGUCAUGAGUGAGAAGCAUAUGUAACCAUUAAUUUUACAUGAUUCUGAAAUAAUACACAACAUAUCAGUCUUUACAUAUUCUUCUUGCAAAUAUGUGCCUUAGUUCUCAGUGAGGGUUAAUAUGGAUAAGCAGUGUGAAGCUGUCAUCUUUAGUUGGGGUUCAUUUUAAAUUAAAAUGCAUUCUCAGAUUUAUAACUAUAUUUAGUCUGUAUCGUAAUAGCCUUUCAGGUCUGUUCUAUGUGCAUUAUCUUGUCAACUAUUUGUGUUAAAGAGAUAAACAUGUCUUUGUUCAUUUUUAUUUAAUGUUGUUUAUGUUUCUGUGCGUGUGUAUGUUCAUGUGUGUAUUAAAAGAAAUUCCACAUCC